AUGAAGAGUCAUGACCAAGUCAGCGUCGAAGCGAUAAAGCGAAAAAACGAUGAAAUAGACAAGACCUUUAACAUGUUUGCCAUCGCUCACGUUAAUGUCCACAGUCAGCUUGUCGAGCGGAACAAAAUAGAACAAUCAGAACAAUAUUAUAAAGACGGAUAUGAUGAAAUAGAGCUAUUGUACAAGAGAGUAAACCUGUGGAUCGAGGACAUGGAGGAAAGGACUAGACUUCAAGUUGAAGACGAAGUAAAUCCUGAAGAUUCUGUCAGCCAGAGAAGCGCUACAGGAUGAUCAACAACAAGUGACCUGUCCAAACACUCAACAAGUAACCUGUCCAAACACUCAACAUCCAGCUCAACUAAGCUACGGUUGGUUGAAGAAACAGCUAAUGGGAAAGCGCUCAAAGCUAAACUCGAACUACUAGGGAAAAAACAAGCUUUAGCCGAAAGACGACUCGAGCUACAGAAAACAAGAGACGAGGAGAACAUUUGCCUACUGCAGGCCGAAGAACGAUUGACAGUUAAAUCUGAACUGGCUGAAUGUUAUGCAAGAGAGAAAGUAUUUGCUGAAGCCGAAGCAGCAGAACGUGGGGCGUCUUUGAAUAUUAAAGAACCAUUGUCAAGGGCAAAGUCGACUUCAAUGAAGCAUGAACAAUCAAUGUUGGGGGCGUCAAACAAUCUCAAAUCGGACAAUAGACCAUAUGAAGACAAUAGCGAAGUAUUGUAUGAAACAAAACGGCAAUUAAUUAACGUAACUGUGAAAUAA